CAGAAGGUUCACCACUAUAGAAAAAAAACAAAACUGUGUUUUCUUGUCUUCACCUGGCUUCAUCGAUUUUGGAACAAGCAAGAGAAGGGUUGUGUAGUGGAGGCGGUACUGGCAAAAGGGUGUUUGAGCCUUUUUGCAGGGGAGACAGUGACUAAUAGAGAGAAAGAGAGAUCAAAAAACCAAAAGGGGUUUUUGUUUUUUUGGUAAUGGUGAUCUUAAACCUUGGGAGGAAGAAGGAGAGUCAAGGAAAUCGACUUGGGAAAUAUGUAUUGGGUAGGACUCUUGGGGAAGGUAAUUUUGGAAAAGUCAAGUUGGCUAGGAACACAGAUUCUGGACAACUUUUUGCUAUUAAGAUCCUUGACAAAAACAAAGUCAUUGAUCUCAAUAACGCUGAUCAGAUAAAGAGGGAAAUAUCCACCUUGAAGCUCCUCAAGCAUCCGAACGUUGUUAGAUUAUACGAGGUCUUGGCUAGCAAAUCCAAAAUUUAUAUGGUACUUGAGUACGUGAAUGGAGGAGAGUUAUUUGAUAAAAUUUCAUCCAAAGGUAAACUUUCAGAAGCUGAUGGCAGGAAGUUGUUCCAACAGUUGAUUGAUGGUGUGAGCUACUGCCACAAUAAAGGUGUCUUCCACAGGGAUCUCAAGCUAGAGAAUGUACUACUGGAUACCAAAGGGAACAUAAAAAUAACCGAUUUUAACCUUAGUGCUUUGCCUCAGCAUAUUAAGGCAGAUGGGUUGCUACAUACAACAUGUGGAAGUCCCAACUAUAUUGCACCUGAAAUUCUUGCUAAUAGAGGCUAUGAUGGUGCAAAAUCAGAUGUAUGGUCAUGUGGUGUUCUCUUGUAUGUAAUUCUAACAGGAUACCUUCCUUUUGAUGACAGAAACCUUGCAGUUCUCUAUCAAAAGAUAUUGAAAGGAGAUUGUCAGAUACCAAAAUGGCUAUCACCUGGUGCUCAGAACAUUAUAAAGAGGAUUCUUGAUCCCAAUCCUAAAACCAGGAUAUCAAUGGCUAUGAUCAAAGAAAAUGAAUGGUUCAAGGAGGGUUAUACUCCUGCAAAUCCAGAUGAUGAGGAAGAGGAUGCAUAUAUUGAUGAUGAAGCCUUUUCCAUCCAGGAAGUGGUAUACUUGCCACUUGAAUCACAAGGAGGGAGUCCUGGAUCACCAACACUUAUCAACGCAUUUCAGUUGAUAGGGAUGUCUUCAUGCUUAGACCUCUCGGGCUUUUUUGAGAAAGAGGAUGUCUCUGAGAGGAAGAUAAGAUUUACAUCAAACCAUUCACCAAAAGAUUUGAUUGAGAGGAUUGAGGACAUUGUAACAGAAAUGGGAUUUAGAGUCCAGAAGAAAAAUGGAAAGUUGAAAGUGAUACAGGAGAACAAAGCACAGAAAAGUCUAGGUAGCCUCUCAGUGGCAGCAGAGGUUUUUGAAAUAAGCCCAUCCUUGCGUGUAGUAGAAUUAAGGAAGUCUUACGGAGAUGCUUCUGUAUAUAGACAGUUAUGCAAGAAGUUAUCAAAUGAUUUGGGUGAUCACCAAACGCAGCAGUUAGUGAACUCAGAAGAUAUAGGCCUGUUAGAAAAGAAUUUAGAAGCCAGUUAACGUAUAUUUUGCAUUUUUUUUUUUUUGUAUAUACGUAUAGUUUGCAUUUUUGUUCAGAUGGGAAUGGGAUAGUUAUGUAGGUGUGUUAAAUAUCAAUUGUACAUACCAUUUUAGUUAACGAGUUAGUGAUGUGCAUAUAUUAUGUCUAUUAGAUACAAAGAGCAUCAUUUU